UCUGACCUAAAAGCAAAACCCCACACCCAAUUUUGGCUUAUCCUCAAAUUUUCUCUCAUUUCUCACAGGCGCUUUUACUCUCUCCUUUCUUCAUUCAGUUGUUAAAGCCUCCUCUUUUCCUGUUUCUUUAGCCAUUUGUGCAAUAUUGGUUGAUGGGUAUGCUUUCAUUUGCUUGAAUUUUGGUGUUUUCUGAUUUGUUUUCCAUCCUUAUCAACAAAGAAUCACAAAUCGUCUCUACAUGCAUUUCUUCUUCAUUAUGUAUCUGUUUGAGUGAGAGUAUGCAGAGCUUUGAAUCAGAAGAGCUCGUUUGACUGCAAAAAAGCAUUCAAAGUCUUAACAUAUUGCGGUAUGAAGAAAAGCUUCUCUCUGUCUCUCUGUCCCUAUCUGUUCUUUGAGUGUUUGAAUGUGUUCAUUUGAGAUCUAGCCUAAAAGGGGAAUCUUGUCAUUCUUAUUUCCAUUAGAUGAUGUUCUUUUGAAUCCCAAGAUAUCAAAAUGGGUGGUUGUGUCUCUACAAGCAGUCAUAGUACUUGUAGUAGCCAGAGCAAUGGGGAAUCAGUUUCUUCUUCAUGUAUGGGAAUUAGAUUUCAAGGUCGAAAGAGAUCGAACUCCGACCAUGUUUAUGUUCUUCAGAAUCUUCCUUCAGCUCCCAACAGAAUCUUCUUGAAUGGAAAGAGUAAUUCUUCUUGCAUUUUCACCCAACAAGGUCGCAAGGGCGUAAACCAGGACGCCAUGGUUGUUUGGGAAGAUUUCAUGUCGGACGACACAAUCUUUUGUGGUGUUUUUGAUGGUCAUGGACCUUACGGUCACCUUGUUUCUCGACAAGUGAGGGAUACAUUGCCUAUAAAGUUGCUGUCGUUUUUUCAGUCUCCUCAGUUGAAUCAGAAUGUCUCUGGUAAAACCUGUUUCCAGAGGAAUUUGAAGACAUCUCGAGAAUGUGAAGAUUCUGAGAAGGAUUGUUUUGUCGAGGACUCGCAGAAUUCGGUAUGGCGAGAUGCAUUCUUGAACUCGUAUAAAGCUAUGGAUAAGGAGUUGAGAUCACAUCCUAAUGUGGACUGCUUUUGUAGUGGUAGUACUGCAGUCACCAUAGUUAAACAGGGGUCAAAUCUGUUCAUGGGGUACAUCGGGGACUCUCGAGCAAUCCUUGCCUCGAAGGACGCCAAUGAUUCAACAGUGGCGGUCCAGUUGACUGUGGAUCUUAAGCCAGAUUUGCCAAGAGAAGCUGAAAGAAUAAAACGGUGUAAAGGUCGGGUGUUUGCAUUGCAAGAUGAGCCUGAAGUGCCAAGGGUGUGGUUACCUUUCGACGAUGCACCCGGUUUAGCCAUGGCUCGUGCUUUUGGAGACUUCUGUUUGAAAGAAUAUGGAGUUAUCUCUAUACCUGAAUUCUCACAUCGAACCCUCACCGACGCUGAUCAGUUCGUCGUUCUUGCAUCAGAUGGGGUAUGGGAUGUGUUGAGCAAUGAAGAGGUGGUCGACAUAGUGUCCUCGGCCUCAUCCCGGGCAUCAGCUGCGAGAUCCGUGGUGGACUCUGCUGCUCGUGAAUGGAAACUCAAAUACCCGACCUCGAAAAUGGAUGACUGUGCUGUUGUCUGCUUAUUUUUGGAUGGGAUGAUGGACUCCGAAUCCGAUUGUGAUGAACAAGGCUUCUCGUCUGCAACGUCGCGUAGUAUCCAUUCGGGUGCUGCUAUCGAAUCAGAUGAUGGCCAGAAGUCUGAGCCAUGUCUGCAAAGGAAUAACACUGUCAGAUCAUCUGAGGAAAACAAAACUUAUGGGGGAUUAGCUGAUGAUGACAGAGAGAUUGGUGAAGCUGUACCUGCAGAAGAUCAAAACUGGUCGGGUUUGGAAGGCGUCACUCGAGUGAACUCGCUCGUUCAACUUCCUAGAUUUUCCGACAAAAGUCCAGUGUCGUAGGAUUUGUAGAAUUCUAGAAUUGUGAACUCAAAAAUGUUUCAAACUGCUGCAAGGUUACUGGUUUGUGCAGGUACAUUUUUGCCACCACCAUAUGAUGAAUUGCACAAAAGUGAACUGAUUUCAUAGAUCAACUCAUCUUCAAAGCUCACUCACAUUGCAA